GUGGAACUAAUGUGCUGAAGAGGAAUUCCAUGCUUGUGUUCUUCAUAUGGCUGAAUACAGGAUGAAAGUGUUUACAUGAUGCACUUGGAAAUGGAAGGUCCCUGAUGUCUUGAUCUCGAAGAAACUUACGCAUUAGCGAAAUUUCUACGGCUCUUUGGUUCGUCUUGAAGUCACUAAGAGGACCAUUGAACCUCUCAAAGGAAAACAGCCAAAAGUUGUGCGCUGGUCCAUAGUCUAAUACACAGUUGAUAAGAUGUGAAUGUAAAUGCAUGUUUGGUGUGACUUCCAACUGUCCAUACAUUGACUCAAACUUCUUACAGAACUGCAUCAUUUAAAUGUAUUUUCCUUUCUCCUUGGACAUGAAACUCAAGGCACGCAAAGAAGCCCUCAUGCAUAGCUCUUAUACAGCAGAGAAAAAGAGAAAAAUUCAGGAGAUCCUCACCAUAGAUGACAAGACACCAGAAGAAGGUGUGUAUGAAGCAGACAACUCAGAUGAAGAAUCAAUCCCAAAACUUGAAAAGCUAGUGCGACGCAAGUUUGAGUGGAGAUCAGAUGAGUUAGAUUGUGAGUUCCAGAGCCUGGACCAUAAGGCAGACAGAGCCAGGAGUCAGCGAGCACAAAGGAUGAUGGUACCGAGGGAGGAGGGUGACAUAAUUCCUGAAACCCUUAAUUGUUAUCCAAAGAGAGCCACAGCUUGGGCCCUUGCUGGAGUAUUUCAGAGAUUGACAUAAUUUAAAAAGCAAUGAAUAAAAUUUUUUAUCACUUGACCAACAAUUAUUUUGUUUUGACCAGGUGAGUUGUCACUUGCAUCAGUUUCAAAACUUUUUACUAGUGUUAACAACACCAUAAGGAAAAUAAUUAGCUACUGUGGUUUUGUUUGUACAAAAAAGAAGAAAUGUUAAAUGAAUUUCCAUUUACUAUACAUUUAAGUGUGUUGAAUUUAGUCAGGACUGUGGGUGUGAGAUGAUUGGACAUGAGAGGAUUGCAUUAAUCAAAGUAAAUGCGAUUCCAUUUUAAACUACCACUGAAACAAUGAAAUUUCUGAUAUUUUAUUAAAUGCAGUGUAUUAUUGGGUACUUGCAGCCCUAAUACUGAAAUAACUUGUGGAAAAAGCAAUUUUGUGCAAAUUCACAACAGGAUCAAUGGAGGGGAAGAUAAUUUUGGAUUAUUCCAUGAGAAAGAUGAUGUUUGCUCUACAUUUGUCCUGAAUUUGUUCUUACAAAUGUUAUCUUUAACGCAUUUGUCCUUGUUUAGAGAGGGAAAAAUAAUGAUAUUUAACUCAGAUUUACACCGCAUUUGUCCAUAUUUACACCCAAAAUCAAAUGCACAAUUAUCCUAUUUAUCUUUAGGACAAAUGUCAGAUUUGUCUUCAAGUCAAAUACUGACAAAUAUGACAAACAUUACAUUUGAACAACAUUUGGACUGCAUUUGUCUGACGUCAAAUCUGUUUUUUCGCCCAGAGAAUUUGUUAGUUUAGCAGGCUUCUUUGGGUAGCACUAGAUUUCACUGAUAUGAGGAUAAUUUUAAUCGCUUGGGGAGCAGCUUUAGAGCAUUCUGUGAGAUGAUCGACUAAAUGUGAUGGCAAUUUGCGAAUUUUUACCUUUUUGGAUAUGUUCCAAAGUUUGUUGUUAUUUGAUUUGAAGUUGAAGUUUACGCUGCGAUCCAACAUUAAAAUUGUUACCAAGACUUUCUCCAGUCACUAGAUUUCAGUGUCAUAAAUCUGUUUAUCAAAUAUUUCGAGUUCAGAUCCACAACCAAAUUUAAACUGUUUAAUCGUUCGAUUCACAUUCCAACAUAACUAAGCGAGAAUCAUACAGAAUGUGUAAAAAACAAAGCCUAGCUAGCUUGCGAGAGCAUGUGCUCCGAAUCACGUGACUAUGAAC